AUGAAGAGUGGCCUAGAAGAGCCCGGCGAAGGCUCAAACAACGGGCCUGCCACGGCCUACCGCCGAGCAGAUGACACACAACCGCAGAGACAAAAUCCAGCCCUAAGCCAUCGCCGAAUAGACUUCGCUGUCCAUAUAAAGGAUGUGUACCGCCGAGUUCAACAAGACGUGGCAAAGGAGCAACUUAGCCAGACAUAUAGGUUGAAGCACAAGCACGGGCACAGGCAAUACAAGUGCGAGGCUGAUGGAUGCGAGUCGGUUUUCGAGAGACAGGACGCUCGGCUGAAGCACUAUCGCAGAAGACAUCCACAGUUGACGCCGGACCCCGUAGUUUUGCGGAAGGUCCUGACCUUGGGUGGCACUGGAACUGAUAAGGAUCAAGAUGGGCUCGACGUAGACAGGAACUUAGAGGUGGAACCAACCGUUCCUUUGGCCAGGUUUGAUAUAUGGGACGCCGAACAACCUGUGAGUUCCGAUCUAGUUAUGGAGCAUCACGAUCAUCCAGAAAACCACGUCAACAUUUCGGCCUGGGCUACUGGUAUCACUCAGGACGGUCUAGAUGAUGAUGCACAGUCGAAUCGUCAAUACAGAAACUGGAGCGCAAACUGGUCGGGUUAUGGAUCCGAACAUGGGUCUGCUGCUUCGCAAGUCAAGUCGAUCUUCUCGGAAGCAUUCCUGAUAUCCACAGCAACCGGAUUGUCUGCAGGCUCUGGAUAUACUCUUGAUCAGAUAGCGAUGGCAACCAGAGAAUUGUUACCAAUCUUCCUGGAGAACGAAGGUUUAGUAGCUCUCUACCAAAACGCCGUUGAGCACCCCGAUAUUGGUUCUGAACGGCUGGCAAGAAACGUUCGUCGGCUGCUCAAAACCUUUGCGCGGAAGCUCUAUUCUGAGGCCAACGAUCAGCCUGAGAAAGUGGCGUCACGACUGGUCUCCAUCAAAGCUUCUUAUAUUGCCCAGUCUGUCAUCGAGGCGUUCGAGGCCAAGACAUGGCAGCCACAGCGCCUUCGCACAGAAGAACAAGACAGCUCGGACGAGGAGGACGAAGGAGCAUCAGCCAGGAAACAACAUCGUCAAAGCUUUUGGCACAGGCCUCGGACCACGCUUGUAGACUUGCUUGCGGCGUUGGGCUAUCUCGAGCCACCGCUCAAUCCCGGCUGGAUUCGACUCAGAUGGCAUCGCAGAUGUGGCGAAUCUUUCUGGAGCGACGUGAUGGAGUAUCGUGAAGGUGGUAGCAACCGAGCCAUCGAGCGCAUGGAGCAAGCAACUGGAACCAGAGUCGCAGUCACUUUUCAUAACAACGGAUCAACGAACCAAAACUGGAGGUUCAAGAUCCCAUGA